AUGGCAAUAUGCAGAAAAUUCUUGAGCGAUACUCAAGUAAAAUGUACUUUCUUCCGCUGGGCACAAGGCCCUUCUGGCUCACCCACACUACCCUCCAACAAGUUUGAACCUCUUGCGACACAACUUAACCCUGUCCCUCAGCCUACCCAAUUGAAUGCUGCAGCACUCCUGCUGAUCUGUGCUGCUCUUGUCUGUAAGAAGCGUGCUCAUUCCCUCUGCAGGAACCAUACUUGUCGCACACACUGUGGCCUUCUUGGUGGCUGCUCCGUAAAGGGCCAUACUGCAGCUGCACAACUGAACCCAAUGUUAGAGCUUCGACCUCGUCUGUCAUCAUUACCGCCCUUACCUGCUGUCGCCACCGAGUCCGUCUAUGCCCCCACUCAAGAUGAUGUUGAGCCUGGUCUUGAUCAGUUGCUGCGGGUCGACAAGGGCAAGAGCCGGGCUGUCGAGUCUCAUGACUCAAACAUUGACCCUGUCCUGCUCUCGCUCCCUAAUCCCAAUCCUACUGGUACUUCCCCCGCUGUUAUGCCUGCAAUUUUCACUCAGCAGAAUGCUCGUGAGGAAGAGUUGCAGGAAGAUAGACGCCAGCGUGAUCUUGAGCGUGUCCAAGCUGCUCAUGAGGAUGGCAUUGAGCCCAUCAUAUACGAGUUCCAGGAUGGGUUCAAGUUACCCAACUUUUCCUUUAGUCUUGACGUGCUUCAUAAGCUUGGCAUGGUCUCACAUGACAAGAGUGUUCUUGCUACCACUAUUCUGCCCAUUCAACACUACAACUGUCUUCUGGGCACCUGGACCCACUUCGAUAUUGGGCACAUGGUGUCAUUGCAGGAACGUGACAACAGCAUCCUGCUUGUGAAGGAUCCUCACGUGAAGGAUUGUGUAGACCUUGAACACCAUCUCCACCAGCUCAUCAAGUCCCCACCAUCAAUUGUGCUUUGA